CACCCUGAAGCUGUGUUGUAAGGCGACGCGACACAGAUAAUUAAGCAACAUGGCGUUUGCAACAAAAGUCACAACAACAAAAUUUGCCGGCCGGCGAGCAGUACGGCAAUACGAAGACGAAACCAAAAGGAAAUCAAAGAAAAUAUUUGAACGCCGACUUUGAAACGCACAAGCUGUGCGUGGGGAUUUUUCGUGGAUAAUUUUGACUUUUCAAAACAAAUAUAUUAUUUAAAAUAAGUUAGAAACAUGCUGCCCCAAGAUAGAAAAAUUUUAAGGCAACAUACACGCCAGAACCAGAGUUCGAAUCAAACAGGGGCUUCGAGACGCGUCGGUGGAAAGAGCGGCACCCCAAAUAGAUACAACAACCAUCACUCCAAGAUGAGCGCCAACUCGAAGGCGGAUCCGAUCUCACUGAGCUUCCACGACUCGUGUCUGCGGAUGUCCGACGUGCAGCUGCUGCAUGGGCCCCGCUGGCUGAACGACCAGAUUUUGAGCUUCUACUACGAGUACCUGACGCACGUGAAGUACAAGACAAACGACGAUAUCGUCUUCAUAGCCCCAGAGGUGACCCAAUGCAUGAAGUACAUGGACGACCAGGAGCUGGAGCAACUCAUGGAUGAGAACAAGGCCACUAGGAAGCCAUUUAUAUUCUUCGCCUUGAAUGAUAACAUGACCUUCGAGGCCGGUGGCACGCACUGGUCGUUGCUGGUCUUCUCGCGACCGGAGAAGACGUUCUAUCACUUUGACUCGUACGGAAACAACAACACUAGCAACUCUGUGGAGCUGAUGAACAAGGUGAAGGAAACUAUGGACAUGCGCUCUGCCAAGUUUCGUCCAAUGCGCUGCCUGCAACAGGCCAACGGCUACGACUGCGGCAUACACGUCAUUUGUAUGACCGACCACAUUGCCGACUAUCUGAAUAGGUAUGAGGUGAUUGAUGGACUACCGCCGCUGCAGGUGGACACCGUUAAAGCCAAACGAACGGAACUGCUCAAGCUGAUCUUGUCGCUGGGCGGCAAGGACUAGACGUCGUUUCUUUCCUCCAUUUGCUAGUUUUAAGUUAUCGAAUGAAUAUUGUAAAUGUAUCAUUUACAGAAAACCGCUAUACAUUCAUACUGACACACACACACACACACAAAAAAAAAAAACACACACACACAUACAACCUGAAAAAGGCGAGAGAGGUACGCAAACAUGUGAAUACGAUACCCAUGAAUUAA